UUUAAGAAUGGAAACUUCGAAUAUAAUUCUCUUGCACUAUUGGAAUAAAUAUACUAUUCCAUAUCCGUAUAGGGAAUAGUUGCUUUGGAGCAGACAAACCGGGUAAUCAACAUUCUAACCCCACUUUUUAACGCAUAGUGUUUGCUUUUUGUUUGGAUAUAUUGCCGGUGAAAAAUUUUAAGGGAUGGACAACAAUUCCACUAAACGAUCCAAUGAUUUGCCCAAGAAAUACUGUCAGUAUGGAAAGAACUGUUACCGGAAGAAUCCUUCCCACUUUGAGGAGUAUAAUCAUGUUCACUUGGAAAACAUAAUCAGGAGCGCAGACGGAGGAAAUUACAAUGUUCCGGAAGAGUUUUCUUUGGCUAAAGAUCUCAUCUUGGAACAGAUAGCAAUAAUCUUGAGCAUCUUCCCACAUCUUUCCAUGCAACCGCAGACCAAAGUUCAGAAAAUGGAGGAAAAACAAGUAGAGAAAAGACCAGAUUCUUAUUCUGAGGCAGGAGGAAGCAGCAAGGCGAUACCGAAGGAUCUGGAAAGUCGUUCAGAGAAGAAUAUUCACGAUUACAUAAAGGUUGUUCUGCCUAAAGGAAAGAUGGAAGAGAAACUGCGGGCAGCAGCUCCAUACAAUUUCUUUCUAACAGCCAUAACAGACUCACCGGCUACUCACACUCAUCCACAGACUAUAACAUUCCAGGAGAUUCUGGACAAGAGUCUAGGCGAGCUGGAAUGUUCCCUGCAGAUUAAUUUUAUGGUGGAUGUUGGAUGGCUUCUCGGCCACUACUACUUUGCUGGAUAUGAGCAGAAGCCCUUGAUGAUUCUCUAUGGCGAUGAAACUCCUGAUCUUCUCAGCAUCAACAAAAGUCGACCUAAUGUUGAGGCAAUGAAGGUGCAGAUGGCCACUCCCUUCGGUACUCACCACACCAAAAUGAUGCUGCUUGGCUACGCUGAUGGCUCAAUGCGUGUGGUCAUUUCUACAGCGAAUCUCUAUGAAGAUGACUGGCACAAUCGCACUCAGGGUCUCUGGAUGAGUCCCAAACUAUCCGCUAUUCCAGUGUCCAGCGAUACAGCCUUCGGUGAGAGUCCUACAGGCUUCCGCGAGGAUCUUCUGCGCUACCUCAUGGCUUACAAUAUUCCUAAAGUCCAAAAGUGGAUCACUCGCGUAAGGAAGAGCAAUUUCUCUGAGGUGAAUGUCUUCCUGGUGGCAUCAGUGCCCGGAGGCCAUAGAAGCACUCCCAAAGGUCCACUCUGGGGACAUCCACGAGUUGGACACUUGCUGGCUCAGCAUUCAGCGAGAAUCGACGAAUCCCGUCCAAUUGUGGCCCAGAGCUCAAGUAUCGGAAGUCUAGGUACAAACGUAGAUGCCUGGGUGCUGGGCGAAUGGGGUGUGAACUUCAGGAAAGACUCAGCUCCAGCAGCACUACGUCGAAUGCCUCAAUUCAAGAUGAUCUAUCCCAGCUUCAACAAUGUUAAGAACAGUCAUGACGAUCUUCUAGGCGGCGGAUGUCUUCCCUAUGGAAGAGCCUCAAAUGAAAAGCAACCCUGGCUGAAGAAUCACCUUAAUCAGUGGAAGGCCAGCAAGUGUCACAGGUCCCAAGCAAUGCCCCACAUCAAAACUUACUGUCGCUGGUCAGAUCGAGGUCUCUUCUGGUUCCUCCUCACCUCAGCCAAUCUCUCCAAGGCUGCCUGGGGAUUAUUCAACAAGAGCUCCAAGUUCGAGGCGCCAUUAAGGAUCUCAAACUAUGAGGCUGGAGUCCUAUUCCUUCCGAAGUUCAUCACACAGGAAGAGACUUUUCCUCUGGAUAGCACAUCACCCGGGAAAGUCUUUUCAAUGCCAUAUGAUAUUCCUCUGACUCCGUACGGUCUUGAUGAUUCACCUUUCUUGAUGGAUUAUCUCCAUGAGGCUCUGAAAUAAAAUUCCAGUACGAGUUUA